CUGAUAAUUAUUUGUUUACUAUUUAAUAUUAUCUUUAUCAAUUAUAUUUGAAUUAAACUCGCUAGUGAUCUGAGAGAUCGAGGGAUUCGGUAAAAUGGGAUUUUUGGAACGUUUUUGAAAGAAGAAGAAGAAGAGAUCGAGAAGAAUAAGCGUGAUUUGAAUUUGUGUUUGGUUUUUUGAGAAUUGGAAGUUGGAUUCGAGAUGGGUUUUUUCAGUACUGUAUUGGGUUUUUGUGGAUUUGGAUUUGGGAUUUCUAUCGGUCUCGUUGUUGGGUAUUUUCUCUUCAUCUAUAUCCAGCCAAGCGAUGUUAAGGAUCCUGAACUUCGUCCUUUGGUUGAGCAAGACUCAGAGACAUUGCAGCGCAUGUUCCCUGAGAUUCCACUCUGGGUGAAAAAUCCAGACUAUGAUCGUAUUGACUGGCUGAACAAGUUUAUUGAAUAUAUGUGGCCUUAUCUGGACAAGGCCAUUUGCAAGACUGCAAUGACUAUCGCGAAGCCCAUAAUUGCUGAGCAAAUUCCAAAAUACAAGAUCGAGUCUGUUGAAUUCGAAACACUCACUUUAGGGUCCUUACCACCAACUUUUCAAGGUAUGAAAGUGUAUACUACUGAGGAAAAGGAGUUGAUUAUGGAACCUUCUAUAAAAUGGGCUGGAAACCCUAAUGUCACUCUUGCUGUAAAGGCCUUCGGGUUAAAAGCAACUGUUCAGGUGGUAGAUUUGCAAGUCUUUGCCUCUCCACGUAUAACUCUGAAGCCCUUGGUUCCAAGCUUUCCUUGUUUUGCGAAUAUAUAUGUGUCUCUUAUGGAUAAGCCGCAUGUUGAUUUUGGGUUAAAGCUUGUAGGGGCUGAUCUGAUGUCAAUACCUGGCCUUUACAGAUUUGUCCAGGAGCUCAUUAAGGAUCAAGUUGCAAACAUGUAUCUGUGGCCCAAAACCCUUGUAGUGCCAAUUGUUGACCCAGCAAAAGCAUCGAAGAGGCCUGUAGGUAUUCUGACCGUGAAGGUUGUAAGGGCAAUGAAGCUAAAAAAGAAAGAUAUUCUUGGUGCUUCAGACCCUUAUGUCAAAUUUAAGCUCACCGAAGAUAAGCUACCAUCAAAGAAGACUACCGUCAAGCAAAAGAACUUGAACCCUGAAUGGAAUGAGGAAUUUAACUUGGUUGUGAAAGACCCACAGAGCCAGGCUUUAGAGCUUACUGUCUAUGACUGGGAGCAGGUUGGAAAACACGACAAAAUGGGUAUGAAUGUAGUUCCUUUGAAAGAACUUCAACCUGAAGAGACUAAAGUUCUUACUCUUGACCUCCUGAAAACUAUGGAUUUGAAUGAUGUUCAAAAUGAGAAAUCGCGUGGGCAGCUUGUUCUGGAAUUAACAUAUAAACCUUUCAAGGAAGAUGAGAUGCCACAAAGCUAUGAAGAUACUCAGACAGUACAGAAUGCUCCUGAUGGAACUCCUACUGGUGGAGGACUGCUUGUUAUCAUAGUUCAUGAAGCUGAAGAUGUUGAGGGAAAACACCAUACUAAUCCACAUGUACGACUUCUGUUUAGAGGGGAGGAGAAAAGGACUAAGCCUAUGAAAAAAAAUAGAGAUCCAAGGUGGGACGAAGAGUUCCAGUUUAUGGUUGAUGAGCCUCCUACUAAUGACAAACUGCACGUAGAAGUUGUCAGUACCUCAUCAAGAAUGGGCCUGCUACAUCCAAAGGAAUGUCUGGGAUAUGUUAAUAUCAAUCUUUCAGAUGUUGUUGCCAACAAAAGAAUAAACGAGAGGUAUCAUCUCAUAGAUUCAAAGAAUGGUCGGAUCCAGAUUGAGCUGCAAUGGAGAACAUCGUCAUAAACUCAGCUGAUUUGAUUUCAGUGUUGUAAUGGUCCAUGAUGUGUGAUGUCUAAAGUUAGUGAUUGACAAGGCUCAGUUUCAUUUUCAUGUUUGACCUUUUUCCUUUACAUACACACUAGUUUAUUUGUUAUAUUCGUGUACAUAUGUACAUGAUGAUGAGGAGGAGGAGUUUGGUAGCUGAUACUAAUUGCAACAGUAAACAUUUAAAACUGUUGAUGAUGAUGAUGAUGAUGAUGAUGAUGAGAUGGAAAAGAAAACGGGUUAUUUUCAUAUGAAACCAAACUUAAAUA